UCUGCUAACAGAAUAGUUGCUAAAGCUGCCAUCUUUGAAGUGAAAUGUGAUAAAUAAUGGAAAAGUCUGCUGCAGAAGAAGUGUUGGAGUGAAACAAAAUGUGUGUCAGAUGCAUAAAGUUUUGGUUUGCUGCAGAUGAGUUAAGAACUUGUCAGAUAAGCAGCAGAUAGUUGUGAAACUGUCCACAGACACUAGAAGUUAAUACAGCUCCAUCAACAAAGUUAUGACUCAGUUAAACCUUUUAGUUAUGGAUGCGGUGUAAACAUGCUCUCUUUGGCCUGCUCUGAUAGCAGGAGGAGUUUAAAAGUUGUUUUUAACUUUAAGACAAUAUUAUUUAUGAGUUAUUGUUGGGUUCAUGAAUAAAAAGUAAAAAAUAGAUGGGGUUCACUUGUUCUUUUGCCUGCCUCCUGAAACCUCCCACUGUUGCAGUGUCUGCAGCCUCUUAAACAAUCAGUAGGCAGCCAACAUCAUUCCAGCGUCAUCUCCAUGGAAACGAGCUGUGGCUGCCCUAAUGAUUGGGUCCCGUCUCAAAGGCUGUCUUUUUGUAAUAGGACGAGAGGAGCAGAACUCCCUGCCCCCUCCUCUCAGUGGCUCUUGUCGUCUUACGCUCACACAUUUCCCCCUUCCACCUCGUUCUUUAUCUUUAUAGCGCUGCUAUCAAGUCAGGAUUAAGCCGUUCUGUCGAGUCUUGUUGAAUCUGGAUGAAGUGAUCUCUAACACAGCUGCAUCAGAGACGAGAGAAAUGCAGCUGAGGAGUCAUCGUGCCGCCCGUGUCCCUGCCUCGCGGAGGGAAUGGAGACCAGUUAGUUAGACUGUUUUCCCUUUUUCACAUUUCUUCCUUUUUGUGGUUUUAAUUUCAGCCUACGUGAUCUGUUCAGCAUCAUGUAGGGUACGAAGCGCAGCUGUGGAUCAUUUUCUGUUCAUGACAGAAGCUUAAGAUGACAAGGGAGCAGAAACGUGCUUUUAAUGCCGUGAGCAGGACUCAAAAUUCAACUUUUCUAUAAAGAUUGUGAACAAGAUGUGAAAGAAUUCCGCAACGCACUCACAACGUUUGAGUUCUUGUCGCAAAGCAAGGCCGAAAACAUGGAACUGAUUGUCCUGGUGUUGGGCAGCGUCACUGCGUAGGGAGACUGGUAGCUCCUGGCUGCAUCUUUGCUAUUUUUGUUUUCCUGGUUCCUGACACAUUGUUUGGUGAUGCGACAUGAUGCACUUGCUUGGCUUUUGAACCAUCACAUCAGCUUUAAAGAUAAACAGUUUAUGAACUGUUGGAGAACAAGAAGCCAGUGAACAGCUGAUCAAUCUCUCUUCUUCAUCUAAAGUGAAGAUGUAACAGCUCAGUCUUGGCUGGUUGCCUUAUCCGGUCAUGUAGAUCCCGUCUGCUCUGUGUGACUUCACCGGAGUGACAUGUAUGACCUGUGCACUCGGCCUGAGCAGCCCGAACCCGCACCGACGCACUCGGAGAUGGAGAGCCGCGAAGAGGCGGAAGCUCUUGGGCAACAACAGCAGGAGACGAGGGGGUCUUCGGAGCACCGCGGGAUUUCAGACAAGGACAUCCCAACCAUUGAUAAUUUGACAACGUCGUUGUUGGGAAAGAGGCACCACUCGCUUUACGCAAACCUCAGCGGCUUUGAAGUGGAAGGGGUUCGAAAGAAUGGUACAGAUUACGGGUUCCUGGUGCGACAGAACUCCGAACUCCUGCGAGCACUCGACAAGCUGGAGAAGACUUGCAACACUCUGAGGGAGGAGAAUAGCCUGCUGAAAAAGAGCAGCGCCCCCGAGACUGAGGAGAAGGUCAGGCGGUUGAGGAGGAAGAACACUGAGCUGGCUGUUCUUGCUAAGAGACUGGAAGAAAGGGCUCGGAAACUCCAGGAGGCCAACCUCAGAGUGGUGAAUUCCCCGUCCCUGCUGAGACCUGGUUCAGUGGAACAGUAUAAGAAAGCCUUCGCCCGUCAGCGAGCUCGUGACCUGGCCCAGCAUGCUGAUGCUUUGCUAUCUAAGGACAAAGAGAUUGCUGCCCUCCAGGACGACUGCAGGGAGCUGGAAGCUCAACUCCGCACAAAUCAGGGCUCGACUGUUCAGUCCAGAGGGGUGGAAUAUGAAAACCUUCUCAGGGAGUCUCAGAAGGAGGUGCUGCGGCUCCAGAGGCAGCUGUCGGUCACUUCGUGCAGGCAGCAGCACAACCAGAGUUCCGACCACGGAGACACACAGAGGUGUGAAGAAAACGCCAAGGAGGCGGGGCAGGAGAAGGUUUUAGGAGAGACCCUGUGUGGGGGAUUAGAUGAAGGUCCGUCCGGGUGUGAGAAGACUUGUUCAGAAAAGGAGCAGUCGUGGCUACAAGUGACGCCCCCACCGGGCCUUAGCCCGAUCCCCUCCCAUCAGGAGGGAUCUGCUGAGGAGCAGCGCCUACUGUUUCUGGAGCGUGAGCUGAGCAAGAAGAGAAAAGAAUGUGAAAACCAUGAGCAUGAAGUCAAGAAGCGACAGAAGAGAUGUCUGGAUUUAGAGAGCCAGCUUGAGGAUGAGCAAAGCCAAAAUGAGCAACUAAAGGAGGAGGUAGAACUCCUCAGGAGGAAGGCACAGCUGCUCGACCAGACUCGUGCAGAGAAUGAGGAGCUGAGGGAAGAUCUCUCUGAAGUGACCGCUCAACACAACUCAGUUCUCGAGGAGAACCAGAAACUCCGUGCCAAACUGGAGAACCUAGAGCAGGUCCUAAAGCAUAUGCGAGAGGUCGCCGAGCGAAGGCAGCAGCUGGAACUGGAGCAUGAGCAGGCACUGGCUAUCCUUAAGUUCAAACAGGAUGAAAUCAAACGAUUACAGCGGGCUCAGUUAUUUGCCAAGAGGGAACACGAAGGCGUGGUUCAGAUGCUGGAGGAGUUGACUCAGCUUGUGCUGCGGAGGGAGCUGUCGAAGGUACGAGACCUGGAGGAGAAAUGCCGCAGCCAAAGCGAACAGUUCGGCUUGUUGUCCCAGGAGUUGGAGAAGUUUCGCCUUCAGGCUUCGAAAGUGGACCUGGCCAGCUCCAGCCUCCUCAACAAUCCCAGCCUGUCUGUUCUGGCCAACGGGGUGGGGCUGACAACAGAGCGAGACUGUGCUGGUGGCACUUUGGAUUUGGUGUCCCUGGGUGAGAUAGCCUUCUGGAGUCUCGAGGGGGGGGACACUCUCUCCUGCCCUGAGGAUGUGGCCGCUGCCCUGCGCCUAGGCUCCACCCCCCAUGCUGCAGGAUUCUCCAGAGUGGAGCGCUCGCCUGUCACCAAACACAGAGAGCUGCCCACCAUCAGCGUCAGCAAGUCUUCCUCCACCAAGUCGGAGAGCAGCGCUCACCUCACCCCCAAGUCAGACACACACCUCAGUCCACACAAAUCAAGCCCAACGCACGAGGUGGACACCGCCAGCGAGGUGGAGGAGUUGGACAUCGACAUGGCUCCAGCACCUUACAUGGCCACCCGAGCUGCACCAAAGCUUCACGUUUUCAUUGCCAGAUACAGUUAUAAUCCUUACGACGGUCCGAAUGACAAUCCGGAGGUGGAGCUGCCGCUCACUGCUGGAGAGUAUAUUUAUGUCUAUGGAGACAUGGAUGAUGAUGGUUUCUAUGAAGGUGAGCUGAUGGACGGGCGGAGAGGGCUGGUUCCCUCUAACUUUGUGGAGCGCGUGUCUGACGACGAUGUGAUGGGCGCUCACCAUCCAGAGACGGGAGACGCAUCCCACAACUCCCUGCUAGACAGCAGCCUGCACAGUGCCAGCCACCAGCAUCACCUCCACGUGGGAGUCAGCGCCUCAGCCACCUCUGGCCCCCCCUCGACCCUGUCAGAUUCAGCAUCAGCCUUGGCUGUCCCAGCCCCCCUCACCAACGGCCUGGACUUGGACUUGGAGGAGGUGGGAGUGGAUGUUGUGCCUUACCCACGUAAACUCACUCUCAUCAAGCAGCUUGCCAAGAGCAUCAUCAUUGGCUGGGACCCUCCGCUGGUGCCGGCUGGGUGGGGCAAUGUGUGGAGCUAUAAUGUGUACGUGGACCAGGAGCUGCGGAUCAACGUGCCCUUUGGUGCCCAGACCAAAGCGGUGCUGGAGCGGCUGGACAUAAACCUCAAAGCCUACCGUGUGUCGGUUCAGAGCCUGACAGAGAAAGGCCUCUCGGACCAGCUCCGCUGCAGCAUGCUGGUCGGUCGGGACGUUAGCGUGGCGCCCACGCAGCUGCACGUGGACGGAAUCACCGCCACUUCUGCCAACCUGACCUGGCUGCCCAGCAACAGCAACUAUGUGCACAUUGUGUCUUUGAACGAGGAAGAGUGUGAGCUGGUGAAGGCUGGCUGCUACUCACUGUGCCUAAAUAACCUCUCGCCCAGCCUGCAGUACACUGUCAAAGUGGAGGCGCGGCCACACAGAACACCGUGGGAGUUGCCUGCGGAGCGGCGGGAGCACAGAAGUGCUAUAAUCACCUUCAACACGCUGAUGGCAGGCCCACCUGACGCUCCGCUGGAUGUGCAGCUGGAGCCUGGUCCAUCUGCUGGGAUUGCUCUCAUCAGCUGGCUGCCAGUCACCAUCGACGCAGCCGGAACGUCCAACGGAGUCCGUGUCGUCGGGUACACCAUAUAUGCUGACAAGAAAAAGGUGCUGGAGGUGGCGUCUCCCACAGCAGGAAGUGCCCUGCUGGGCCCCUCCCAGAUCCAGUCCCUGCAGGCAGCUCAGGAGCUCUCUGUCCGCACCAUGUCUGCCCACGGGGAGUCUUGUGACUCUUUACCCGUAAACGUGCCCUCCAAGUUGGCUGCUAUCAUGGCAGGCCCAGCUGUAUCUGCCCCAGUUGUGCCACCCCUGCCCUGCAGCCUAAUGGUUCCCAGUAACUUGCCCCCGCCACCGUCCUACAUAAACUCUGCUGCCAAAGUCUCGGUGCUGCCCAGUGCUUUUCCAUCAGAAACACCAACGCCAGGCCUCGCAGUAGGAGGAGCUGCCAAGACGCCUCAUGCGCUCCACUCAGAAGAUCUCCUCUCAUCUGCCUCCUACGUGAAAGCCUGGGCUAACCCAUCAUCUGCUGCUGCCUUGGCUGUGUGUGAGCCCUCAUUACUGGCAGCCUCCUCCAUCUCUCCACUGGUAAACGUGGCCUCUUCCAUCAACACGAUACCUCAGCUAUCUACAGCAGCUUCGCCACCUGCACCAGCGCCAGCAUUGGACCGGCGCAGAGACACCGACAGCCCCGGGACCAUACGUCCUUUCCCAUCCAUCACAGAGUUCAUCGAGGACCCCGUUGCCAAGCUUGAGACCCCCGAGCGCAUCCCGACACCGCCCAAAGCUCCGAUCACUGACCUCCUUAACCCCCAGAGCACCAACGUCCUCCGACCUCCCGCUUCACCACUGGAGUCGGAGGUGGAGGAGGAGCAGGAGAACACCCGCCUGGUGUCCAUCGAGGAGUUCUUGAGACAGGACCAGGAGCCGGCUUACUGUAGGACGCAGCAGAGUUAUGCCAGAGGACCGGUGGAGCCUCCCAGUGACUACCACGCAGACAACAGCCGCUCAGACCUGUCCGACAUCCUAGAGGAGGAGGAGGAGGACCUUUACUCUGACCACCUCGGAGAAGCUCAGGCUAGAGGAUACACAGUUGGAGCCAGCAGGUUGUGCAAGUUGGAGACACCAGACAGUGAUGAGGACCUUCAUGAAAGGAUACUCAAGUUGCCUCCUCAGGCUGUCCACAACAAGCAGCUGUUCAGCAUCGCUGAGGUAACGGAGGAUGAAGACAGCAGCCUAGAGGAUCCUUCCUUCCACCACGGCAAACCUUGGCCUGGGCCUGGCCACCUUCACUCUAGAAAUUCUGCUCCCCUUCAUCGAGCUCCUCGGCACCACACUCAUCACACACACAUCCCCUCUCAGCAUCAUCACUCUAGACCUCCAGCCAAAGAGCCCUAUGUCAGACACGAGCUCCUGCAGGUCAAGCCGAAGCCGCAGCCCAGGGUGCGCUAUGCUGACACGGUGGACACAGUCAGUUACGCUGAAGACCAGAACACCAGUUUGUACGAGGGUCCCUCCAGCAGACGCGUCUCAGCCCACCCCCCUCCCAAGCUGACUUCCACCAGUAAAGAAAGAUCCCUGCUCAAAGGGCUUGGGGACCGCCUUAGGAGGGAAGCCAUGCUCAGGAGUCAGAUGGCUGUCGCCGCAAGUGCUAACCCCAACCAGGACCUCACUGCGCAGAGAACAUACCCAGACAGCAACGCGGUGAGAACUUUGAAGUCCCCCGUCAGCAGAGGAAUGGAGAUCGAUGUGGAGUAUGGAACUGACAACGAGGAGCCUGUGGAGUGCAGCGGUGGGGAGGUGGUGGUGGAGCAGAUGAGCUCUGAGUGGUGGGAGGAGGGGGCUCAGGUGGAACACUGCAGAACUGCGCACGGCCGAGUAGCAAAAGCUGAACCGAUGGAGUCCAACCAGGUCCCUCCAGCUGUGCCGGGCCCAUCGAGGGGAGCUCAGCCGGAACGUUCCUGUAAAGCUUCUUGCUCACAGACCCGAGUGUUUAAAGGUGAAUCACCAAAGACCAAAGGAGACGGUGGCGUUCGCGUCUUUGUGGCCCUUUUUCCAUAUGAUCCUGUCACAAUGUCGCCCAAUCCUGAUGCUGCUGAGGAGGAGCUGCCCUUUUCUGAAGGACAGAUUAUCAAAGUUUACGGAGAUAAGGAUGCAGAUGGGUUCUACCGAGGGGAGUCCGGUGGCCGUCUGGGCUUCGUGCCAUGCAACAUGGUGUCUGAGAUCCAAGUGGAGGACGAGGAGACCCAGCAGCAGCUCCUGCAGCAGGGCUUCCUGUCCACCACGGCCUCCAUGGACAAGAUCGGCACUCGCACACAUGCACAGCUUCCUCGUCGCCCUGUCCCGCCGCUGAAACCGAGACGGUCCAAGAAAGUGGAGUCUGCAGCACUCUGGGAGGAGAGCAUAGUUUCCUCCAGUCAAGAUCCCACCCAGACUGUUUCAGGAAAACCUACAUCUGGAGUGAACAGGAUGGUCGCCAUUUUUGAUUACGAUCCAAGAGAGAGCUCCCCCAACACCGAUAUAGAGGCGGAGCUGACUUUCAGCGCCGGAGACAUCAUUCAUGUGUUUGGUGAUAUGGACGAAGACGGUUUCUUCUACGGAGACUUGAACGGACACCGAGGCUUAGUGCCGUCCAAUUUCCUGCAGCCCGUCCCAGACAACGCUCCAGCAGAACCAGUUUACGCUCAGCCAGCACCAGAACCCAGGAAGGAAUCACUGGACACUCGGUCUUCAACAGAGCCACAAGAUCCAGGUCCCUCUACUCUAGAAGAGGCUUCGCUCCCCCCAGCGGAGCCUCUUUACCCCAAUAAAACUGAGCGUGGAGUCCUGCAAGCACAGCUGGAAGUCACAGCGUCAGGCCCGGGCCCCGUUCCAGGUCCAUCGGUGGUAGAGGCCAGCCCCGCUCCAGCCGACUCCUCUGUGCAAGCAAAGAAGAAGAAAAGCUUUUUUUCCAAAGGCAAGAAGCUGUUUAAGAAACUGGGAUCCAGCAAGAAAGAGUGAGAGCCCUGAGGACUUCCUGUUUGGGUAUCUUCCAUCAGACCUGAAUCCUCUUGAGUAACGAUACCGUUGUCUUCGAGAGUUCCUAAACCAGCAGUUCAAUACAGAAUCCUUCAGAACAUGAACGACCUGCUUCCAGCACCACAGCAUGUAGACAUGCACGUGGAAGAGAGCAGCCCAACAAAUCUAAACUUCAUCAGAUAAUUAAAACAGCAAUAAUCUUCAGAUGACGGCAGACCGCUUAUUAAGUAUUAGCUUUAACGAUUUGUGCCACGUUAUUUAUCAGAGGCUGUUCCGUCCUGAGUGGGCGGAUUUAGAAAAUACCUGCUUUUCCUGCAAACGUCUUGUCUUUAGGAGUAUUUUGUACAAUAAGAGUUUUUUAUGUGUUAGAUUUUUGUCCUGUUGGAUAACUUACUGCAUGAAGUGACAAACGCCGGGGCUGGCCUGUGGUGAGCGGCGUUUACGGUGCAUUCGUUUUACAAGAACAGGAAGCUGAUGUAUACUGUUGGCCCAGCUUCUGUGUGAGGGCUAAAAGUCCCACAAUGCAACAGUUUGUGAUGUUUUAGAGUUGGUUUGAGAGCAAAAGGCAAGAAAAGUUUUAAGUGUGUGUGUGUGUGUGUGUGUGUGUGUGUGUGUGUGUGUGUGUGUGUGUGUGUGUGUGUGUGUCCACAGUGUAUGGUUAAACUCAAAACUGAUGCCUUUGUUGGAGAAUUUGUUGUUCUUUACGGCCUAAGUGUGCGUGUGUGUGUGCACGCGUGUGUGUGUGAGAAAGCUGAGCAGGCAAACAGAAGAGCACCUGACCAGAUAAGAAUAGGGAAUACACAUGAAGUUUAUUUCCUUUCUAAAACCCAAAAAGGUGGUGUCAGUGUUCCUGGAUAAUGUGAAUUAUUCAUCAGGAGGGCUGGAUUUGGCAUCAGCCAGUUCAAAAACUCUUCGACGUUGUUUUUUAGAAAGUUUCUGACUUUGGCGAGAGAUGUUCUCAAAGUUUCUUGAAUAGCUGUUGUUUGUUGGUUCAAAUGUAUGUUUGAGUCUCAAAAAUGCAGCCCAGGAUGAGUUACUUGAAUCGGUUGAUCAUCGAGCCCCAGCUUCACCGAGUUUUCCAGACGGCCUCCGUUUAUUAUCUUGAAAAUGAGCUCAUAUUCCAGCGAGGAGGAGGAUGUGGUUGCUGCGUGGACCAUAGUGUCAAUGGGGGACUCCCUCGGCCUAUGAAGGGCACAUGGGAGCUCCUGGUAGUGAAGUCACGUUAGACAAAACACAAAAAUGAUAUUUUUCAGACUUGAUUACAAAUUUGAUCCCCGCAACGACUCCUAAAAAUAUAAAACGGGAAAUCUCGAACGCUGAAGCAAGAGAAUGUACAUGAAAAUUGGUCGAGCUGACCUUAAAUCCUCAUGUUUAGAUUUCUAAAAUCGUGUCUGCUCUGUAAGGAUAAGGGUAACAUCUGAGGCUUCUGGUCAACAGCCUGUCAGCUGUUAGGAUAGAAUUAGAUCUGAAUGAAACUCGUUGAAUGUUUAUUUUGUUUGUCUCGUCUUCAAAUGUUCAUCAGCUAACAGGAACAUCACUUCCUGGAACUGCAUUUAAUCUGAGUAUUUGCACUGAAGGCUUGUGGCACUUACUUACUUACUGUACUGUGAUAGACUGCAAUAAUUUAUUCAUGUUCCCUCUCUCUCUCCUCUGUGUGAGGACAAUAAUGACAUUCUUCUUGCAGUGCGUUCAUAUUUAAGCGAAACCGCGUACAGCAGACAUCUCUUAGCAUAUGCAGUGUAGUGAUUAGUCCUUCUCUCUUUUGCACCAUAAAGCAUGACAAUAGUUUGUUAAACAGAAUCGUUUGACGUUGGCACCAGAUGAUUAGAGUAUUAGACUCAUUUUGUGUUGUUUAGAGGAGAUUUUGACUCUCGUGUAUAAACGUUAGCAGGCGGAUGUGAAGAGCGAGUCGCUCCUCUGGUUGUUUUUUAGCCGCCAGUCCACGCCGUCUCUCCAAAAGCAGCAGAAUCUGCCAAAAAUGUCGGUGCUUUGCUCGUUACCACAGCUGUGAGAGGCCAGAGUCGUGUCCUUGUUUUUGUUCGUCUUUCGUUGAAUUUUAUGAUUGAAGUUGGACUCUGAUGUAUUUAUUUAUUUAUCGUUGUGAAUGUUGUCAGUGAUGCAUAAAAGGGAGCCAAGAAUCAAAGGGAACAGACACUUUAGGUGUGAAACAGCCAGGAUGGCAGCACUGUAUGUUUGGUUUAUUUAUUUUUAUUCUGUUCACUCUCACAAACGGGGCCUGGGUAGAGCAAGUGUUUGUGUCCGCCGGCCUUCGAUGCACAAGUAGUCCUCAUCCUGUGUGGUGUUCUAACCCAGGUCGUCAUGUUCUGCCUUAAAGACCUGGAUGAGUUUCAGACGUGUUUGUUUACAGGAUGCUUAUCGACCACAUGCAUGUUUCCAUGUUCUGCCUUAUUCAUGCUGCCGUGUGUGUGUGUGUGUGUGUGUGUGUGUGUGGGACUUUUGUUUCUUUCCUUAUCUGCAUUCAUUGUCUGAAACCCACGUAAGCUUUUAUAUAUAAAUAUUUAAAUAUAAAUUGUUUUUAUGACCUUUUUUGGAAUCUCAUCUGUACAUAUUUUUUGUCAGGUUUUUAUUUUGUUUUUAUUUAUUUUAUUGUUUUGCAUGUCCGAGCAGUGUUGUUGAUGGAGGACUGUUACCCACUGAUGUAGAGGACUUCUUGACUUGAAAUCGUGGUGAAUUCUUUCAAAAUGGAACUUUUUACUGGAAUAAAGUACAUUUAUUUUCACAGAAAAAAA